AUGGUUUAUCCUGAUGAGCUUGAAAUGCUGUUGAAUAAGAAAAUGGCCUUUAGAGUUAAGGUGCAGCCAACAUUUUCCCAAGCGUCUGUUUGGAAGCUUUGUGAUGAUGAAACCUUUGUUAAAGAGAUUGAAAAUGACUACAUAGUAGAAGACAAUCAGUCUAAAACUGAAUAUGCAAAGUUGGUCCCUAACAAAGAAAAUUUGGAAACUUCCGCACUUACAAAGAACAUGCGACUCCAACAAGCCGGCAAUACUUCAAGUACAUCUGAAUUAGAAUUGUUUUCUAAUUGGAUAUUAAAAGUUGGCGAUGGGAAAUUGGAAGAACCUAACGAUGGUUACACGGAUAUUCCUAUUCCAAAUGAUUUCUUAAUUUCUAACUAUGAUGAUCCACUAGAAGCCAUUGUUAGUGAAACAUAUCCGAAUUUUCUUAACAAUUACAAGAAUCCAGAAUUUUUGCAAUCAAGAGCUAUAUUGGCAGGAACAAUUGAAACGGUUGACAUCAUAAAUCAAUACGUUUUGGGAUUCAUACCAGGUGAAGAAAAGGAAUAUUUAAGUUCAGAUUUUGUAGACACAUUUGACGGUAAAGGAAAUGAAGCUUUUGAUGUUUUGACCCCGGAAUUUUUGAAUACACUUACAACUUCCGGUCUACCUAACCACAAGAUUAAAUUGAAGAUUGGGACCCCUAUUAUGUUGCUUCGAAACAUUGAUCAACCUGAAGGUCUCUGCAAUAGAACAAGGCUUAUAGUUACAAGAUUGGCAAACCACGUUAUCGAGGCAAAGAUUAUAUCUGGAAAGAAUAUUGGAGGGGUUAUCUAUAUUCCAAGAAUGGAUAUGACUCCAACACAAUCUCCGUGGCCACUCAAAAUGACUAGAAGGCAAUUUCCCAUAACUAUAUGUUAUGCUAUGACAAUUAACAAAUCUCAAGGUCAGUCAUUGGAUUAUGUUGGAUUGUAUUUGCCUAGAAGUGUAUUUAGUCAUGGUCAACUAUAUGUUGCAAUAUCAAGGGUCAAAAGCAAAAAAGGGCUUAAGAUAUUAAUCCAUGACAAGGAUAACCAUCCAUUGAAUUCUACAACAAACGUCGUGUUCAAAGAAGUUUUUGAAAACUUAUAG